GUACAGUUGCUUCGAAUUUUGAACUUUAAUCUUUGGCUACCCCCAGGAAACAGCAACCAACCUCCUCACUUUCGCCAUGGCCCCCAAGCUCGAUCCCAACGAAAUCAAGAUCAUCUACCUACGGGCAACAGGGGGUGAAGUUGGUGCAUCUUCAGCACUUGCCCCAAAAAUCGGUCCUCUCGGUCUGUCGCCCAAAAAAGUCGGAGAAGAUAUUGCUAAAGCUACCUCUGCAUGGAAGGGUCUACGCGUGACUGUUCAGCUUACCAUCCAGAAUCGGCAAGCAGCAGUCUCUGUUGUUCCUUCUGCCUCCUCCCUCGUCAUCCGGGCGCUCAAGGAGCCUCCCCGUGACCGGAAGAAGGAGAAGAACAUCAAGCACUCGGGCAAUGUCACUCUUGACGAGAUUUUCGAAAUCGCCCGAACGAUGAAGUCAAAAUCGUUAGCAAAGGACUUGGCUGGUGGUGCGAAGGAGAUUCUCGGCACGGCCCAGAGUAUUGGCUGCACGGUGGAUGGCCAGCCCCCACACGAUGUCAUCGAUGGUAUCAACUCGGGGGAUAUUGAGGUGCCGGAUGAAUAAAAGAUCAUCGAACAUAGGGUUCGAUUCAGUAUUUUUAUAUCCGCCAUGUUUUUUUUUUGACAUUACUGCAUACAUCCAAACGCUCACAUACGCAUUGCACUGGAGAAAGAAUCUUGAGAGGGUCACGUUUUCCAUAGUCGCGCUGGCCCGCGUCUCAAAGGCCAUCAUCAGAAAACUCACAUCAAAUGAGUGAAAGUUAAGUAUGGCUGUGAUAAAUCGAGAGCAUCGUAUCAUGACGUAGGCACAAAACUCAGCUAAUAGAUUGAUUUUUAAACACGUGA